UACGUUUCUGUCACUUGGGAAAUCUGGAUUAAACAGGCAAUCUUAUUAUUCCGGGAGUCCCAUUGUCCCUUGUGGUCUGACUCAUUGCAUGUAAAUGUACUGCAGCUCUGCUGUACAUUGCGGAGAUUUUUAUUACAUAGGGAAGAAUUGUCAAUCUUGGAGUAUCAUGUUGUGAAUCCUUGCUGAAAAAUAGAUUGUGUGAAGUAUUCCUGACAUUAAGACAAAUGAAGUUCCAAAAUUGCAGAAUAAGAUCCUGAAACAUUUAGGGCAGUGGUGUUUAUUUUCAGUCAUCAGAAAGCCUAGUACAGUAAAUUGGAGACUGACCUUGCAAGACAGGCUAUAGCUGUGAUCAUCUCUGUCAGAGCAAUUGUUCCUUGUUUCAUUCUAUACAGAAUGGUGUCAUGUCACCUACAACAGUGAUUUCACUGUGUGGAUAAAGUUAUUCUGUAGAAAUAGCAAUAUUAACAGGCAGAUUUUCUAGUAAAAGGACAUACUAUAGAUAUUUACGAUAUUGACAUUUCUAUUCUAACCUAGUUAGUGUGGAGAAUAUUUUUAAUACAUUUUUCACAAAUUCAGUGUUGUAGUACAGGUGAAUGAAACCUUGUUUUUAAAGUAUAUAUUUUUUUAAAAUAGCAUUGUUUGAACAUCUUAAAUGAAAUAUAGUGGGGGAAAAAGUCCUUUUUUAAAUUUUAAAACACCAGCAAUAGUGUUAAGAAGUUAUGUUUGUGAGUGUAUACUCGGGAGGUAAAAGUACUUUCUGUGCUGUCUCAGCUGUGGUUACUACAGUGUUGUUCUGAAUACAGUUUUUUCAAACGGAUCGAAUGAGUCGAGUGUGUAUUGUUGUUUUGGAGGAGGUUGAAGAUGAUUCUCCCACAUUUUUUUCCAAACUACCUCAGGAAAAUACAUCUGUACGUCCUUCACCUUCUGGAAAUGUGUUGCCACUGCUGGUUCAAGCUAUAUUUAAUGGGGACCCUGAUGAAGUUCGAGCAUUAAUAUUUAAGAAAGAAGAUGUUAACUUUCAGGAUAAUGAAAAGAGGACCCCUUUACAUGCUGCUGCCUAUCUGGGAGAUGCAGAAAUUAUUGAACUACUUAUUUUAUCUGGAGCUAGAGUUAAUGCCAAAGACAGCAAGUGGUUGACUCCCUUACACAGAGCUGUUGCAUCAUGUAGUGAGGAUGCUGUUCAGGUGCUGUUAAAGCAUUCAGCAGAUGUCAAUGCCCGUGACAAAAACUGGCAGACACCCCUACAUAUAGCAGCUGCAAAUAAAGCUGUUAAAUGUGCUGAAGCUUUGGUGCCUCUUCUAAGUAAUGUAAAUGUGUCCGAUCGAGCAGGUAGAACAGCAUUACAUCAUGCAGCCUUCAGUGGACAUGUUGAGAUGGUGAGUUUGUUGUUGUCUAGAGGUGCCAAUAUUAAUGCAUUUGACAAGAAAGACAGACGAGCUAUACAUUGGGGAGCAUAUAUGGGUCACAUUGAAGUUGUGAAAUUACUUGUGACCCAUGGAGCUGAAGUGACAUGCAAAGACAAGAAAUCAUAUACACCCCUACAUGCUGCAGCAUCUAGUGGAAUGAUCAGUGUAGUCAAAUAUCUUCUAGAUCUUGGAGUUGAUAUGAAUGAACCAAAUGCCUACGGAAAUACUCCGCUUCAUGUAGCUUGCUACAAUGGACAAGAUGUUGUAGUAAAUGAACUUAUAGACUGUGGUGCUAAUGUAAAUCAGAUGAAUGAGAGAGGUUUUACACCUUUGCACUUUGCUGCUGCAUCAACACAUGGAGCAUUGUGUUUAGAACUUUUGGUCUGUAAUGGAGCAGAUGUAAAUAUGAAGAGUAAAGAUGGGAAAACGCCAUUGCAUAUGACAGCAAUCCAUGGUAGAUUUUCAAGAUCACAAACCAUCAUCCAGAAUGGAGCUGAAAUAGACUGUGAAGAUAAGAAUGGAAAUACACCUUUGCACAUCGCAGCUAGAUAUGGUCAUGAGCUACUAAUUAACACUCUAAUUACAAGUGGUGCUGACACUGCAAAGAGGGGUGUACAUGGGAUGUUUCCUCUCCAUUUGGCAGCAUUAAGUGGAUUUUCAGAUUGUUGCAGAAAGCUCCUUUCAUCAGGCUUUGACAUAGACACCCCAGAUGAUUUUGGCAGGACCUGCCUUCAUGCAGCUGCAGCUGGAGGGAAUUUGGAGUGCCUAAACCUUCUGCUCAACACUGGUGCAGACUUCAACAAAAAGGACAAAUUUGGGAGAACUCCACUUCAUUAUGCUGCUGCCAAUUGUAAUUACCAGUGCCUGUUCGCCCUUGUGGGAUCUGGAGCUAGUGUGAAUGACCUUGAUGAGAGGGGUUGUACACCAUUGCACUAUGCAGCUGCAUCAGACACAGAUGGCAAGUGCCUGGAAUACUUACUAAGAAAUGAUGCAAAUCCAGGGAUCCGAGACAAACAAGGAUACAAUGCAGUUCAUUAUUCUGCUGCCUACGGUCAUCGCUUGUGUCUUGAACUGAUUGCAAGUGAAACUCCCCUAGAUGUUCUAAUGGAAACAUCAGGUACUGACAUGCUGAAUGAUUCCGACAACAGAGCACCAAUUAGUCCAUUGCAUUUAGCUGCCUAUCAUGGUCACCAUCAAGCUCUGGAAGUACUGGUGCAGUCUUUGUUGGACCUUGAUGUGAGGAACAAUAAUGGAAGGACACCAUUGGAUCUUGCAGCUUUUAAGGGACAUGUGGAGUGUGUGGAUGUACUUAUUAAUCAGGGAGCAUCAAUCUUAGUGAAAGACUAUGUUGUAAAGAGAACUCCAAUACAUGCUGCAGCUACAAAUGGUCAUUCAGAAUGCUUGCGAUUGUUGAUAGGCAAUGCGGAACCACAGAAUGCAGUGGACAUUCAAGAUGGAAAUGGACAGACUCCUCUGAUGCUGUCUGUUCUCAAUGGGCACACAGAUUGCGUUUAUUCAUUGCUUAACAAAGGAGCAAACGUAGAUGCCAAAGAUAAAUGGGGAAGAACUGCAUUGCAUAGAGGGGCAGUUACAGGGCAUGAGGAGUGCGUGGAAGCAUUGCUUCAACAUGGUGCUAAGUCCUUGCUACGAGACUGCCGAGGGCGAACACCUAUACACUUAUCAGCUGCAUGUGGGCAUAUUGGUGUUCUAGGAGCUCUCUUGCAGUCAGCAACAUCUGUGGAUGCAGUACCUGCCAUAGCAGACAAUCAUGGAUAUACAUCACUGCACUGGGCCUGUUAUAAUGGUCAUGACAGCUGUGUAGAGCUUCUUCUGGAACAGGAAGUUUUCCAGAAAAUGGAAGGAAAUUCUUUCAGCCCAUUGCAUUGUGCUGUGAUAAAUGACAAUGAAGGUGCUGCAGAAAUGUUAAUUGAUACGUUGGGUGCUGGCAUUGUAAAUUCAACAGAUGCAAAAGGAAGAACCCCCCUUCAUGCAGCAGCUUUUACAGAUCAUGUGGAGUGUUUACAGCUUCUACUCAGUCAUAAUGCUCAAGUAAAUGCUGUAGAUUCUUCUGGAAAGACUCCUCUAAUGAUGGCUGCAGAAAAUGGGCAAACUAACACCGUUGAGGUGCUGGUUAGCAGUGCUAAGGCUGAUCUGACCUUGCAAGAUAGCAGUAAAAACACAGCACUCCAUUUGGCUUGCAGCAAGGGUCAUGAAACUAGUGCCUUGUUAAUACUGGAGAAGAUUACGGAUAGAAACCUCAUCAAUGCCACCAAUGCAGCCUUGCAAACACCUCUGCAUGUUGCUGCUCGAAAUGGAUUAACAGUUGUAGUUCAAGAACUUUUAGGCAAGGGAGCAAGUGUACUUGCUGUAGAUGAAAAUGGUUACACACCAGCUUUGGCCUGUGCUCCCAAUAAGGAUGUGGCUGAUUGUCUAGCUCUAAUUUUGGCCACGAUGAUGCCUGUUUCAUCAAGCAGCACUUUACCUUCCCUUACAUUCAAUGCCAUUAAUCAUUACACCAACACCUCAAAAACUGUCACGUUUGACUCCUUGCCAAUCAUGAGGAGUGAACAUAGCUCUUAUUGUAGUUUCAACAACAUUGGCAGGGAAGAUGGCUACCCAUAUACAGAAGAGGAUGAGCUUAAUGACUCAGAUUCUGAGACCUAUUAAGAAGCUUCAUCUGGAGGUCUGAAGAGUGAACCCAGUCAUCUGAAGGUCAGAAUUGUGCUUUUGGAAAAAAAGCAGUCAGUGUUUAAUUACAAAAGAGGACAGACCUACGAGAAGAUUUGGGGUUUUUUUUAAUUGUGGGUGCAUAUGAAAGAUCUGUGUGUGACACUGGGAGGAUUUUAAAAAGCAAGUUUUGCAAAAGAAGCAUAAAUUCUUGAAAAAUACUUGGAAUCUACAGCAAAAAAAAUUAAGAAUGUCAAAACUGUUUUAUUUAAUUGUACAUUACCAUUUUGUUUGUGGUGCCAGGAAUAACUUUUCCAGACUCUGCACCCUAGUCUGUGUAAAUGAACAACACUAUUGUACAACAAAAAGGACACUAGAUUUAACUAUAAUCAAUAAAACUAAAACCAUUUUGAAGGCAAUAAAUGAGUUUGGUACAGUAGGCAUUGUGUGUGCAGCAAAUUGCCAAAGGACCAAAUAACUUAAAGUUUUUUUAAUUAAAUACCUUUUGUGGAAACUGGAAUAGGUUAAAUGAGAUGUUGUCUUAACCAAACCUUAAUUAUUUCUGGGAAUGAAGCUUAGAUUUGGUUUUAAAUGUUGAUUUUUUUAUAAUCUAAAAGCCUUCCGACACUAUUAAAUGUACCAUGAAAGAAAGCAGAUGUAUCUUUCAGUUUUGUUUUUUCUUUUAGAUUAAACAAAAAUGAACUUGUCAUACUUUUAUAAAGCUUAAAAAAAACCAGCUAACAAGGUGCAGUCAGGGUGAAACGUGUACAGUAUAAUAAACAAGGGGAGGGGUGGGAUGGAAACAGUAAUUGUUGCACAGUUUUAGAUUUUUAACUUCUGGGUUUUAAAUUGAGAUAUUUUUUAUUUAAAUACAUGAAGGGUAAUUUACUGAGAAAAUGAAACUGCAUAAAAAUUUAAAUGGAAUCUCCUGACACCCUGUUGUGGCUGAAAGUUUUUAGGGAAUGGAUUUAUCAGCAAUUCACCCACUUAUUUACAUCAUAAAGUUUGUAAGUGAGAUGAAGUCUAUGCCUCCAUAUUGUAUUUCUUUUAAAUCCUGGAGUUCUGAGUGGGGGUGGGAGGAAGAUGAAUUUAAAAGAAAGUUUCCCUGUUAUCAAAAGGUAGAAUGUUGGAUCUUCAGGAAGAAAUAUCUGUGGUGUUCUCCAUUUAAAAAAUCAAUAGACGAUGCAGGCCCCUGUAGUGUACUACAAACUUGCCCUCAGUCUUUUUAUUUAUAACAGACUACUGUUUAAAAAAAAUAAAAAAGGUGCCUGAAAAAUGGAAGACUUCAAAGUUUGUCUGUUAAAUGAGUAUUUAGUUUAUUGGGUUCUGCUUUAACUAUAGCUAUUACUUUUAAAGUGACAUUGCUUACGUACAUGCAAGGGAUUCUUGCAUGUGCAGGUAAAAUACAAAUAAACUGAAUCCCAAUUACCUGUUAUCCUUUUUUGUAUUGUGAAACUGGAAACCUUAAUGCCAUUGUAAAUUAUCAGCUGGUUUUCUGAACAUAAAGUGUGGAAACACAGGACAGUAUUUUGAUCUAUUUGAUAAUUUUGUGGGUUUUUUGAAGAAUUAAUGAGCAUGUACAUAGAAAUAGUGAUUGCUUGAAUACUGUAUUUACCUGCACUCUUUCAGUACAUCAAGAUUCCUGUAUAUUUUACAGAGUAUAAUAAAACCCAGAUGUGAGUUGUA